GUACGCCUCUGGCCCAUAUAUAAGCCACAGAUAAAGAGUUCAUACCAAGCAAAGCCUUCCACAUCUUCUUACAAUCAUGAAGGCCUUGAUUUUCUUCGGUGCUGUUUGCCUGUGUGUAGCUUUAGCUGCCGAACCUGAAAAGAAAGAGGUGACGCAGGAGAGCAAAAAGCAGGAUAAACGCGGUAUCAUAAGUUUCGGAGAUCAUGGAGGAUUUGGGGGAGGAGGAUAUGGAGGAGGAGGAGGAGGAUAUGGUGGAGGAGGUUAUGGGGGAGGAGAUAUAGGAGGGCAUGGUUUUGGUGGCGGUGAUGGAGGGAAUAUAGGAGGUGGUUUUCAAUACGGGGGUGGCGAAGGUCAUGUACACGAGCAUGUUAAAACUGUAGUUGUAGAAAAGAAAAUUCCAACUCCCUAUGAAGUUGUUAAACAUGUUCCAUACACCGUAGAAAAGAAAGUACCUUAUGAGGUAAAAGUACCUGUUCCACAACCCUAUACAGUAGAGAAGAAGGUUCCAGUUCCAGUCAAAGAAUAUAUUAAAGUACCUUACAUUGUACCUCAACCUUACGAAGUCAUAAAGAAAGUGCCUUAUGAGGUAAAAGUACCUGUACCAAGGCCAUACGAAGUAAAAGUACCAGUUCCUCAACCCUACACCGUCGAAAAGAAGAUUCCAGUUCCAGUCAAAGUUCCAAUUCCUCAACCCUACACCGUUUAUAAGAAAGUCCCAGUACCCGUUAAGGUAGAAGUUCUAGUUCCUCAACCCUACACCGUCGAAAAGAAAGUUCCAUAUGAAGUCAAGAUUCCAGUAGACAGGCCAUAUCCUGUUCAUGUACCCAAGCCAUACCAUGUCACUGUAGAGAAGCAUGUACCAUAUCCAGUAGAAAAACCAGUCCCAUAUGAAGUUAAAGUACCAGUUGACAAGCCCUACCCUGUUGAAGUUCCAAAGCCUUAUCCAGUGCAUGUCAAAGUGCCUGUACCACAACCUUACACCGUCGAAAGGAAAGUACCAGUAGAAAUAGCAAAACCAGUUCCAGUUCCAGUAAAAGUACACGUAGACAAACCCUACCCCGUGUACAAGGAGGUACCUGUACCCGUUGAAAAAGAAGUACCAUAUCCAGUCAAAGUACCAGUAGCCGUGCCUGUGCAUGUCUCGCACCAUGAGGAGUCUGGUACUGGAGGCGGUUAUGGUGGCGGUUACGGUGGCGGACAUGGCGGCGGUUAUGGCGGCAGUUAUGGCGGCGGUUUUGAAGGCGGACACUAUCACUAGUUGUUGUUGUAUCUUUAUUAGUUGUUAUCAAAUUACUAUUUUGUACUAUUGUGCUUGUUACACGCUAAAGAGUUAAAAAUUACUUCGUUUCGACAUGUUUGUUUAAUUAAAUUCAUUUCCUCAUUAGCAAUCACAGAGCGUGCAGUAUUAUUACUUAGAAACUGUGUUAAUUAAUAUAUUUAUCUACUUUUAUAAUAAAUCAUUUCUAUGUAUUUUA